UAUUACUGCCCUGCCUUUUUCCAUUAAGUCCGCCCACCCCUUUAAAAGACCAGAAAAGCGGGAGAAAACAGAUUAAAGCAUAUUCGGCGCCUGAACAAAAUCAGAGAGAGAGAGAGAGAGAGAAAGAGAGAGAGAGAGUGAGUGGGUGUGGUACGGAGAAAUGGAGAUUGGAGAGUUAGAGACUCGAUAGUGAUAAGUUUGGGUGAGAGUUUAUUUUUAUUGUUUAGAGAGAGUGAGUAUUGAAGGCGAGGAAAAAUGACGACGGGGAUAGUACAAGACCAGAAUCUGGAGAAGCAUAUAGAGAAACAGAUGGGUUGCAUGGCUGGUUUCCUUCAGAUCUUCGACCGCCACCAGAUUCUCGCCGGGAAACGUGUUUAUUCUACCAAACGCCUCCCUCCUUCUGUGCUGGCUCAAACGGUAGAUACGGUACCGGAGUCGGAGAGUACCAUUGGGUCUCCGGCUUUAUCUACAGAAUUGGAGACACAACAAAGAAACAGAUCAACAGCGUCACCGGACCGAUUGAAACAAUCUCCUACGAUGACGGAGCUCCGGUUACCGGUGCCGGAGAGUCCCAUAGUACCGCAAGAAACUCAGCCGAAGUCUCCUCUUCCUCUUCCGGUUUUUGAAUUCAAAGAAGGCACUAGGUCCUCCUGGAAGUUCUCAAGAGAAGCUCCGAGACUGUCUCUGGAUAGCAGAGCCACCACUGAUGCCAAAGGAAGUCUCUAUCCGAAGGAGAUCAGAACAAAUGCAGCCGUUUUGUCGGCCAAUCGGUGCGAGAACUCAGCAGCAGAAGGAGAUGACAACGAUAAGCAGCGUCGUUCACCAAGCGUUAUCGCCCGGCUGAUGGGACUCGAACCAUUGCCCCAUUCAGAUCCCGAGCCAGUCAAGAACGCUGAACUGCGGAGAUCUGCUUCCGAAUCCAGAGUUUCCAGAGAUCUGUAUCAGUACCGAUUUAUCGACGGAAACACUUUUCAGCUGAAGCAAUCCCAGCAAGCCAACAUUUCCAGCAAUGUAAUGAGAGACAAUGCAGCAAACGAAGAUCGAGCUUAUAAUGCUAGAGCUGUAGAUCCAAGAGGGUAUGUCGUACGGGAUGCGAAAGCCGAGCCACCUAAACUUCAGCAUAAAGGGAUGGGACAGAGGAAGAGUUUCUUCAAUUCUGCAGACUUCUUUCCCGAACCUAAGCAUACAGUAUCAGUCUACGGUGAGAUUGAGAAGAGGUUGAAGAUGAGAGGGAUCGAUGAGCCGUCCAAAGAUUUGGAGACUCUAAAGCAAAUCCUAGAAGCUCUGCAACUCAAAGGUCUCCUCCAUUCCAAGAAACCUUCGAACCUCAACUACAGGAAUUUCGUGUACGACCGCAAUUUUUCGCACGAUGAAUCUCCCAUUGUUGUAAUGAAACCAUCCAGAUCAGCUGUUCCGAUGAGUCGACCAUCGAGGAUGGUCGGCAGUGACUCUCCUCCGCCUUCAAGCUAUGGAUCAAGACCCAGUAAUCGCCGGAAUCAUAAUCUCUGCGGCGAGACUUCGCCGGCUGUGAGCCCGAGGCGUGACCGGACGGAAAUUGAUCGGAAUGUGCGGUACCAAUGCAGAGGAAGGAAUUCAAGUCCCCCGCCGUAUCGGGUUGAGAAUAGCACCAAGAGUCCGAAUAGGAGAAGACCGUUGAACGUUGAGACACAACAGAGGAAAACCAACUAUAAUGAUUUCGUAGACCAGAGAAGAAUCUCUCCGGUUAGCUCUCCUAAAGUUAAUUCGAGGAGGAUCAUUUCCGAUCAACAAACUUCCUCCAACCGAUCACCAAGGAACAGAAAACGAACCGCAGAGAUUUGUCGGAAGGAAGAGAAAGUGUUUCCUCAAGCAGAGGACGAGUCAUCCACCAUGUCCGAAAGCAGCAUAAGCACGUCUUCCCAAACCGACGCUGAGAGAUCUAAGGUGGAGGAGUACAAGGAAGGUCGGAGCCUGUUGGAGAGGUGUGAUAAACUGCUUAACAGUAUAGCUGAAAUCACUGCAACCGAGUUGCAACCGAGUCCCGUAUCUGUUCUCGACUCGUCUUUCUACAAGGACGAAUCGUUGCCGUCCCCUGUGUUGAAGCGUAGCAUUGAUUUCAAAGAUCAACCGGUUGAAUUUGAAGAUGAAAUUUGGAUUCCGGCAAUCUCGCCCGUUGAAUCGAUGUUCAAUGAUUCCGACGACUGUGAUCUGGUCUAUAUUAGAGAGAUUCUACAAGCUUCCAAUUACUUGCCUGAGGAUUCGGACGUCUUCCAAUUACUAGAAAAGCAACAAUAUCUCAAAGGGAAGGACACGUCCAAGGCAUCCAGACUGCGGAGAAGGCUUAUUUUCGACACCAUUAAUGAAAUUCAGAGUCGAAAUCGACAAUUACCGCCUUGGAAAACUGUUUCUUGGACGAAUUAUUCGACGGCGGAACAAAACUCAGUACGACAAAUCUGGUUGGAAUUUCGGAAGAUUCGGGAGAGGGAUGAGUCGGAGAACUUGGUCGAAGUGAUAUGUGGAGUGCUAAGGAAGGAUCUAGCAGGGGAUGCCAUUCAUGGAUGGGAGGAUUGCCCGAUUGAAAUGUCGGAAUCCGUUUUGGACAUCGAACGGCUCAUAUUCAAGGAUUUAAUUGGCGAAACCAUCCGUGAACUCGCUUUCUCUGCUGCCAAGUUUAGUAAACCCUCCGCAUCUUGUAGGAAAUUGCUGUUCUGAAAGCGAGGGAAUAUUUGAAACUAAUAUAUAUAUAUAUAUAUAUAUAUUAAUAUUCGGCGCU